ACUCUUCCCCUUACUCUCCCACCCUACGCACCCGUUGGACCGGUCGUGGCGGAAAAUCGGAAAUGGUGGAGACGAUAAUCGGCUCGGAUCGCGGUGGCUAUGAAGAGCGGCUCAUCUUACCGGAGACCGACAACGUUGAUCGGUCAUGGCGGUUGAAUUUCGACGGAUUCCGGCUAACGCCGGAGAAGAAAGAGAAGUCCCGCCGGAGCCUUCAGGACUGCUGCCUCUGCGUUUUAAAAGAAGAAGACAGUGUCGCAGAAUAUUAUCAGCAACAAGUUGAAAUGCUCGAGGGAUUUAGCGAAAUGGAUUCCUUAGCAGAUAAUGGUUCUGUGCCUGGAAUGUCAAAGGAAGAGCGGGAAAAAUUGGCCAAAAGUGAGACAACUGCCAUUAGGAUAUCAAAUAUUGCAAACAUGAUUCUCUUUGUUGCUAAGGUUUAUGCAUCAGUUAGGAGUGGUUCACUGGCAAUUGUAGCAUCAACAUUAGACUCGCUCCUUGAUCUAUUAUCUGGUUUUAUAUUGUGGUUUACGGCUUUCUCCAUGAAGAGGCAAAACCCUUAUAAAUAUCCUAUUGGAAAGAAACGUAUGCAGCCCUUGGGUAUACUGGUUUUUGCAUCUGUUAUGGCUACUUUAGGACUGCAGAUAAUUUUGGAAUCUAUUCGCACACUGGCAUCUCAUGAGCAUAAUUUGAAGCUUACAAAGGAUCAGGAGUUCUGGGUAGUUGGCAUUAUGGUUUUUGUCACUCUUGUGAAACUAGUUUUGGUGUUAUAUUGUCGAUCCUUUACCAACGAGAUUGUCAAAGCAUAUGCACAAGACCACUUUUUCGAUGUCAUUACCAACAUCAUCGGCCUGUUUGCUGUAUUACUUGCCAACUAUGUCCGUAGCUGGAUGGACCCUGUUGGAGCCAUCAUUCUGGCCUUAUACACCAUCCGAACAUGGUCACGUACGGUGCUGGAGAAUGUGAAUUCCCUGGUUGGCAAGUCAGCCCCGCCGGAAUAUUUGCAGAAAGUGACAUACCUAUGUUGGAACCACCACAAAUCCAUAAGGCACAUAGACACUGUCAGGGCAUACACCUUUGGUUCGAGCUACUUUGUUGAAGUUGACAUUGUCUUGCCUGCAAACAUGACCUUGGAAGAGGCACAUGACAUUGGAGAGUCCUUACAAGAGAAACUCGAACAGUUGCCUGAUAUCGAGCGUGCCUUUGUCCAUCUUGAUUAUGAGUUUAGCCACAAACCGGAGCACGCCCACGCAUAUCUCUAGUGUAAAGAAAUCCUUCAACCUUCUUCUAGCUACUUUCUUAUAUUAGCUCUCUCUCCCUAAGUCUAUGUUUGUCAGGUUAAAGAUCCCUUUUAGUAAUUUCACUGUAGGAUAAAAAAUGUCUUGACCUCUGGAAAUAGCAUUACAGUUGAUGCAGUAAUUGGAAAUUAGAAAGCUAUUCGCCAACCCAGCCUUCACAAUGUGCAUAAAAAGCUUCAUUUAUGGGGAUUUUUAAGAAGAGAAUUGAACUCAUAUGUUACUUUCAGAUGUGUACUAAUCCCUUUGAAUCUUUGAUAAAAGUACUCUUAUGUA